AUGGGCGAUGACUGCGAGACGGAACUCGUAGAGGUCUUCGGGUUCAUUAGCAGUGGACGCGAGGAUGUGCGCAAAAUGGCUGUCCAGGGACUUGCACAACAGAGCAAAGACAACAAGGAGCUCUUUGCUCUCCUCGCAUCUUCUACGCACGGCCCCCGUUGCAUUGACGUCUUGCUCCAGUUUUUGCACGCGGGAAGCGUCGCCUUGUUGGGGGAUGUCUUGACUGUACUCAUCAACUGCGCCGCGGAUGGCACAUGCACGGAGGUUCUUGUGACCCAGAAGGUUGUGCGCAGGGCUAUGCGACUUAUUGACAGCGUUGAGGCCUCUGAUCAUCCCCAGUCGCUCCAGCGGGGGUUGGAGGAAAUGACGUUGAUGCUCCUAAGCAACCUGACGGCAAGUCACGUGAGCGCGGUAGAUGAUCUGUUGCAGGUGACUGAUGAAGAUCUUCGUGGAUUUUACUUGGGAAAGUUGCUGACAUAUUACACCCGAUUUACUGUUGACGAUGGUUGCAGUGUUGAGGUUGCUGUAGCUGGGGAGCAGCAGCAGGAAGAUGGGGGAGAUGACAACAAGAAACUUAGCGAGGGGGAUGCGGUUCGUAGUAACAGUGGCGGAAACAAGAGUGAGGAGUUGAACAAGACAGUUCCCCGUGACCUUCAGCGGUGGAUUUUGCAGAUCUUACUAAACGUCACGCGCGUAGCAGACGGACAGGAGCUUCUGCUGGAAGAUGACGACUGGUUAAUGGCUCUUUCAGACUGUCUUAGUUCCUUGAACCCGCGGCAUCGGUUGCUGGCAGCACAGUGUUUUCGCAACUGCAGUUUCCAGCGUGAGCGACACCCUGGGAUUCUGCGCAGCCGCUGCCUUCGUGUGUGUGUUGAGCGCCUGAGUGAUGGCGCUGAACACAUUGGGGAAAUCGAGAUGCUGCUCGCGGAAAUUACUGCGAAUCUCAUGCAAACCGAGGCGGGUAUUGGGCUACUAGAAGAGUUAAAUGCAAAGAAACAUCUUCAGGCAUCGGUAACUGCGGGUAAGGUUCAGGCUGACACCUGCAAAUUCCUUAACGAACAUGUGCUGCCGCUUCUGGACGAUAUCGUCGACGCCUACGUUAUGACUAGCGGUGAUGAACUCGACUAA